CAGUCUCACUUUCUACUGGAGAGAAGAGGCUGGAAUUCAUUCUGCUUUACUUUCUGGAUCUCAUUUUUGCAAAGGCUCUGAAGGAAGAAAACCCUGAAUUUAGAAUCCAGAGUCUGUUGAAGGCAAUUUCAACAAAGGUCAUGGGAGAUCAAGAACUACCUGUGGUUUUGGUAUCUGGAUUUGAAGGACCGCUUAGUAUAUGUGAGGAUCAUGUUGGAUAUCUGCAGAAACACUUUAAUCUCAUUACCAUGCAGGAAUUUUUGGAAAAUAAAGCACAGUUCAGCCAAACCAUCCAAGCUGUCUACAUAUGGGCCGGACAGCCAGCCAUCAACCAGGAGCUGCUGCAGAGCCUGCCCUCCUUGAAGAUCAUUGCCAAUGGAGGAGUAGGUUUGGAUCACCUGGACUUGAAGCUCAUUGAUCGCUUUGGUGUGAAAGUGGCCAACACACCAGAGGCAGUCUCCAACCCCACUGCAGACAUGGGGAUGGCCCUGUUGCUGGCUUCAGCCAGGAGACUGGUGGAAGGUCAUGAGUUGGCUUGUUCACCAAAUACAAAGGUAAUUUCAAUAAAUUGGAUGGGUAAAGAAGUGACAGGGGCCACUCUGGGAAUCGUUGGCAUGGGAACCAUUGGCUACAAGAUCGCUCAGCGGGCCAAAGCCUUCAAAAUGAAGAUUCUGUAUCACAAUAGGAACCGCAGGGGUGUGGUGGAGGAAAAGGCUGUUGGGGCCACUUACUGCGAGCACCUGGACGACCUGCUGGCACAGUCGGACUUUGUGAUGCUGUCGGUCAGUCUGACCCCCCAGACCCAGAACCUGAUUGGGAAGAGGGAGUUGAAACUGAUGAAGCCCACGGGGACCCUCAUCAAUAUUGGCCGAGGUCUUUUGGUGGAUCAGGAAGCGCUGGUGGAAGCCCUGCAGAGUGGGACGAUCGAAGCUGCCGCAUUGGAUGUGACUUAUCCUGAGCCCCUGCCAAGAGAUCACCCUCUGCUGAAGCUGAAGAAUGUCAUCCUGACCCUGCACAUUGGGAGUGCAACUCAUCAAGCCAGGCACCAGAUGAUGGAAAACAUGGUUGAAAGCAUCCUUGCCUCUCUCAGUGGCCUUCCCAUUCCCAAUGAAGUGCUUCUUAAAUGAGAUAUGAAAAUUCUGUGGAGUGAAACCUGGCAGAUUAAACAAGAGAUACCACUGUG